UUAGUUCAAAGGGAUUGUUCUCAACUUCCAAAACGCUCUCUGGGCUAUACACAACUAAUUCUUUUGCAGUUACACUCAUGCCAUUGCCAACGAUAGCUGCAAACCUUAACCACAUUCUUCAGUGUCCGUACACAACUUUCUACAGGUUGUUCCUAAAUAUUCCAAUUUUCAAAUCAAAGCUUGUGGAGAAAACAUCAUGUGCACUGGUGCUGAAUCUCGAGGAAAUAUAAAUGGAGAUCCUAUGUUGUCGUCAACAAAGGUUGUUGGAAGAGAUUACAAUGAAGAGAGAAUAAUGAGAACAAGAGAAGGUGGAAAUAAUGAAGUAGCUUCCAACAAUGGCUUCCAUAAUCAUCUCUUUGCUCUUCUCCCCAAUCUUUCUCUAUCCGAGGUGAAAGAAGAGUUGAAAUCAAUUGCUAAGAUUUCAUGCCCAAUAAUAAUGACUAGCCUUAUGAUGUAUUCAAGAUCUGCAAUCUCUUUGUUGUUCUUGGGUCGCCAAGGAAAAGUGGAGUUAGCCGGAGGAUCUUUAGCACUUGGAUUUGCAAACAUAACCGCCAAUUCAGUUCUAAAGGGCCUUACCAUGGGAAUGGACCCAAUUUGUUGUCAAGCAUAUGGAGCUAAAAGAUAUUCACUUCUAAGUCAAACAUUUUUUAGGGCAACAUGUCUCCUUUUAGUUGUUGCCAUGCCAAUUUCAAUUCUGUGGCUAAAUAUGGGACCCCUCCUUCAAUUACUAGGUCAAGAUCCACAAGUCACAAAAGUUGCACAAGUUUACAUGCUUUUUUCAAUUCCUGAACUCCUAGCACAAGCACACCUUAAUCCAUUGAGAACUUUUCUUAGGACACAAGGUUUAACCACACCAAUAACCGUCAUUGCUUCUUUUGCGGCGGUUUUGCACCUACCAAUCAAUUAUUUCUUGACUAUACACUUGAACUUAGGAGUCAAGGGAGUUGCCCUAGCCACCGGAUUAAAUUCCAUUAACAUGAUACUAGGAAUGUUGCUCUAUCUUAUCUUCUCGGAUAAACCCUUGAAGCCUUGGCAAGAAGCUUCGGUUUCCACAGCAUUUCGCGGGUGGAAACCGUUGCUAAACUUGGCCGUGCCGAGUUGCAUUUCGGUUUGUUUGGAGUGGUGGUGGUAUGAAAUCAUGCUCUUUCUUUGUGGCCUAUUGAGUAAUCCACAAGCCACGGUAGCAACAAUGGGCAUUCUAAUUCAAACACUUGCAUUACUCUAUGUGUUUCCAUUUUCACUAAGCAUUGCAUUGACAACAAGAAUUGGUCACUUAUUAGGUGCAAUUCAACCCAACAAAGCAAAGACUAGUGCCAUAAUUGGUUUCACUAUAGCAAUUAUUUCAAGCAUCAUAGCAUUCAUUUUCUUAAUGUUUGUGAGAAGAAAUUGGGGUAAGCUCUUCACUGAUGAGACACAAAUCAUUGAUAUGGUAAUAAAUGUGCUUCCAAUAUUAGGGUUGUGUGAGAUUUGCAAUUGGCCACAAACAGUUUCAUGUGGGAUAUUAUCCGGUACGGCACGCCCUUACUUAGGUGCUAGGAUUAAUUUGUGUGCAUUCUACUUAAUUGGUUUGCCUGUGGCUAUUUUUGCAACAUUUGUGCACAAAUUUGAAUUGGUGGGGCUAUGGUUUGGAAUGUUAGCAGCACAAAUUUCAUGUGUUUGUAUGAUGAUAUACACAUUGGUAAGAACAGAUUGGAGUCACCAAACUAAGAGGGCAGUGGAGUUAUCAUCUCAAAUAACUACUACUGAAGAGGAGAUAAGUAUUAGUGUAAAUGAUGAGGAAAGUGGGUUACUUAAUUCUGAUCUAUGA